AUGCCGGACCAUUCCGCAGUCUACAUUGGUUCUGCAUUCGUGGCCGGAGUCUCUCUGGGCCUUGUGUGCAGAGAAGUUCUUUAUCCGCAUGGUCAUCAUGAAAAGUCGGCAGACUCCAAUCCAGCAUCACACGCACUUGUCGCGCGGUCAGGUCCCCCGGCAAUUGUGGAGGGUAUCCAAGGAUGCAUUGGAAAUACACCGUUGUUUCGCAUCAAGUCCUUAUCCGACGAAACAGGGUGUGAGAUCCUGGCCAAGGCUGAAUUUUUGAAUGGUGCAGGCCAGAGCUCGAAGGACCGUGUAGCGCUCAGUAUGAUCGAAAUAGCUGAAGAAAAGGGCAUCCUCACACCAUAUUCUGGUGACACAAUUUACGAGGGCACCUCAGGUUCAACUGGAAUUUCUCUUGCGAGUCUUGCUCGUGCUAAAGGAUUUCUAGCUCAUAUCUGCAUGCCUUCAGACCAGGCAAUUGAAAAAUCAAAUCUACUCCUAAAGCUAGGCGCCAUAGUCGACCGCGUGCCUCCAGCUCCCAUCGUCGAAAAAGAAAACUUUGUCAAUCGUGCGCGAGCACUCGCCCAAAAGCACACAGAAUCAACGAGUGUCCCCGUUACUUCUGAAGAAAACGGCCACCUAGAGACGCACGAGCUCAAAGUCCGCGGCCGUGGGUUCUUCGCAGACCAGUUCGAGAACGAGGCCAAUUGGCGCGCUCACUACGCCGGCACUGGUCCGGAAAUCUACGCCCAGUGCAAUGGGAAGAUUGAUGCUUUUGUGGCCGGUGCAGGCACUGGCGGCACUAUCUCUGGUGUAGCGCGGUAUCUCAAGCCACUGCUUCCUAAUAUCACCAUCGUACUUGCGGAUCCGCAAGGAAGCGGGCUGUAUAACCGAGUGCGUUAUGGUGUUAUGUUUGACUUGAAGGAGCGGGAGGGUACGCGCCGACGGCCGCAGGUUGAUACUAUCGUCGAGGGCAUUGGAAUCAAUCGUGUCACUGCGAAUUUUGAGGCUGGCAAGGAGUUGGUUGAUGAUGCGGUGCGUGUGACUGACGCUCAAGCACUAGCUAUGGCUAGAUUUCUAGUGGAGAAGGAUGGAAUCUUCAUUGGAAGCAGCAGCGCGGUCAAUUGCUUCGCUGCAGUUAAGACAGCGCAGAAGCUUGGCCCAGGUCACCGAAUCGUGACUGUCUUGUCUGAUUCUGGAUCACGGCAUUUGUCUCGAUUCUGGGCCAAAGCUGGAGAUGUUGGAGGAGCGGUUGACACAAAGUUGGAAGAUGUGCUUAAUGCCCGUGAUGAGGACUUUCAAUAG